AUGCUGGCCAGCCCCGCCCGGCCCACAUUGCGCAUGCUUGCCAACCACGCCCUGUCCACACCACACUGCGCAUGCUCGCCGGCCCCCGGCCCGCGCACGGCGUCAGCGUCUAGACGCAGGUGCGUUCCCGUCGAGGCUCGCGCAGCGGGCGUUUUUGGGGAUCGCCUGGCGGGGGUGUUCGGGAGCCGCGGGCUGAAGCACGGGGGCGUGCAGGCGCCCAGGCCUCGUGUAGUGAGGGCCGAGCCCCGCGCCGGCUUCGCUGUAGUCCGCAGCCCCCGGCGGCUUUGUGGGCGCAGCCACGCUCCUCAGCCGCCCGCCCACCUGGGCCUGGGCCCCGGUUGUUUCCGCGUGGCUGUGGUCGUUCCCGUUCCAGGGUCUCGAGCGCACCGCCCCUUCGCUGCGCUGUUAGUCGAGGGCAGUUUUCUGGGGGAUCCCCCGAUCCCCCUGCGCUGCUCAGGCGUCUUGGCUCGCGGAAGCGCAGGCGCCGACUGCCUGGCGUCGUCCGUGACUCCUGGCCCUUCUCUGUGGAUCCCUUUGCUUCCCGUUGCGGGUUGUGUUUCCUGCUUCGUGGGCCUGGCCGUUUGCGUUUGGAUGCAGGCGCGGGUGAGCCCUGCGUGGCCCGCUGGCCUUUUCCUGCUCCCUAGGUGACUGAGCCGCGUGUGUGACACAUCGGAGUGACUUGAGGCAACGCGUUCCUUUCUAGGCUUGCAGCGGGCGGUGUCGUUCACGCUCCUGAGCAGAGCCUUCCGGUGCUUUACUCGACGCCACAAAUAGUGCAGGGUUCCUCCCAGGGGCUGUCGCGAGCUAGAACUCUUCCCCGCCCCUGUGAGCUCGGGCUGUUUUUCCUCCUCCGCGUGGCUCACUCCAGCCUCGGAUGUUUCCUCGCUGCACAGACCUGCUCGGGAAGACUCGAGAAGGCCACCCCAGAACUCCAGCUCUCCCCUGAAGGGCUUCCCCUCGGAUUGCGUCUUGGCCCCUGGAACCCUCCCUCUGUAUCCUCUGCUGUUACUCUCUUGGCCUCCAUUUGUGUUGUGGCCUGGAUACUCUGGCUCGCUGCUUCCCUUCUCUUAAGGAUCACAGCCCUGCACUGCCUGUCGUCCAGUGCCUGGAAACCAUUGUAUUUUUUGGUCUGAUUUUGUAGUUGUUUAAGAACUUAAGUGUGGUCCCUCACACUCCAUGCCCAGAAGCAGAAAUGAGUAGAAGUUUGUUUUAUCUUUUCUUAAUAUGACAAUUAUUGUGUUGGUUCAACUUAUGUUGUACUUUAAUUAGAAGAAAUUUGGCCGAAAAUACAAGGAAAAUAUACAAAUGCAAGUAAUUUUUUUAAACUUCCCUAAAAGCAGGGUCUAAAGAAAUUACCAACCAACUUAGACUGGAUCUAAAAGAAAAGGAAGGGACUUUGCAGUCUUAGGACUCUUCCAUUCCGCGACGUAGGUGUUAGGACAACAGCCAUAAAUGGUUGUAAGACUUUGGGCUCAGAUAAGUAGACUUAAGUUCAAAUUUUGACUUAUUUUACAGGUGUCUGAUUUUUGGCAAGCUCAUCUUCCUAAACCAUGAGCUCCUUAUUUGUAAAGGGGACAUUAGCCACUCUCCAGCAACAGCCCUGGCACUUCUUCAGUCCUGGGAUGGGACGUAUGAUUAGCCUAAGCGAACCAGAAAAUCCAGGCCUGUGACCACAGUAACUUAAUCAGGGCUGGCGAUAUAUCUACCUAGGCCAACCAGGUGGACUCAGUAUUUUUGUGGGUGCUACUGGAAAAUUUAUUUAAUUCUAACUGAAUGUAGAAACAGCAACAGACAUGAAAUGGCAGUUGUAUUGCUGUCUUAUCAUGAGGUGAGGGCCUGAAGCUAUGGUAGCCACCCUGUGAGCCUUGGAAGGAGGAUUUUACAGGAACUGGCAGAGCUGAGACUGGGACGCAACCCAUGUCCUGGUGACGUAUUUGAGUCCUGAGGCUGGCCCUCCUGUUAGUCUUUUCUGUUACUGGCUUCAGCCAGGUGGGGUCUGGUUUUCUGUUACUUGCAACAGGAAGAAUUGGAAUGAUAUCUAUGCAUGCUAUUAACGCCUUAUGGCUGUGGUGAGAUUAAAACACGAUAUUGUGGGUGAACUGCUUUGUACAGUGCCUGCUAUUCUUUAUAUUGGUUUUAAGGUAUUUUUCUUGAACUUUAAAGUUCUAAGAAAAAUUACCGUUUUAAAAUUCCUACCCUCUGUUCACAUGUUUAAAUUUUCAUGAUAGUUUUUCUGUCUGCAUGUUUUCUAUUCAAAAUAAAUUGGUCAUUCUUCAGUUA